AUGGCAGCAAUAAGGAUAUCGCUUCGAUCGAUCUUCCCUUCAGGUUAGUAAUCAGCAUCUCCCCAAAUUAUCGAUUGAGAAAUUCAAAUUUAGAACCUGGUAGUUUUUACUCUGGUACCUUCACUGUUGAUGAUGAGGGCAUCUGGUCGUGUGACCCUUCUGUAGGAUAUACGUAAUUUAUUACUGUGUUGUUUUCUUUUCACAAAAUCUUAUUUUUGAGAAACCAAGCUCUUGGGGGUGUGAGGGGGGUGUUAGCGGAGGCGCGUAAACAAACGUUACUCGCCCGGAGUGGUUGCAUGCCAUAAGAAUUCUUUAUGGGUACUCCCCUCAUAGGCCUUAAAUAAAACAAAAAUAAGUUGUGGUCUAAGCUCUAAUUAGCUGUGUUCCUAUUGGUGCUCAACUUAGUUUAAUACACUUUUCAAACAACUCUGCAAGUGGAAUGUGAAAGUUAUACCAUAGAUCCCAUAAAUAGCCUUGCUCUUCAAUCAUGAACCCCUCCUAUUGCCCAAAUUUGGAAAUAUUUCCAUAUACAUGUAACCCCCGUACUAUUGUAAUCUGACCCUAGUGACCAUGCAGAGGGGCUGGGGGGAGACUUAAGCCCCAUAAUUUUUUUAAAAAUGCUAAGCAUUCCCUUAUCCCCUAAGCAUUCCCUUAUCAGCCUUGUUAGCUGAAGCUUAGGAUUUUUACUGUGCGAGCCCUGGAUUCCUUAAGGCAAUCUCUUGUUUUUCAUCAUUGUUUUCUUUAUCCAAGAACUGUGUGUACAACAAAGUAUGAAAUCUUAACCAAACAUUUUGAAUAUGCAUUCUCCCUCCCCCCCCCCUCCCCCUAAGGUGCAUAUGAAGUAUUGUUGGUGGUUUAUUACUCUUGUGCAGCUAUACAUAUUCAUAUCAUGAUUGUUUCAAUUUGUCUGUGCUCUUGUUAAAACCCUUGGCUUCACCAAGUACAUUAAUACAUGGUUUAUGUUGUUGUUUAUAUCUCAAUACUGUAUUGCAAAAAAUUAUUAUAUCUGGCUAUUGUUUGGAGUGCCCCUUGUCUUAUCAUGAACAUCAGAUAAGUGCCCUGUAGGUUGAUUAAAAGACUGAGGAAAACACAAAAAUCAUACCUUGUCUAAUGAAAAAUUGCCUUAUGGGUCACCACAGGCCUUCUCUGUUCCUUCUUGUCUUUUGACACCAUUGUGAUAAAGAAGUGUAUAAUAAAAUGAGUGUGUUUUUGCCACCCAAUUUCUAGGUAUUAAAGCAUUUCACAGCACAGGCUGCUCAAGAGUACAAAUUUCUGUCCAAUAUUCAAGUGCAGCACAGCUUGCUCUUCGUGGAAUCUUAGACUCGCAGCUCAGUGACAUCCACCAAGCAGGCACAUGGAAAGACGAAAGGGUCAUAACAACCAAACAAGCCCCAGAAAUUGCAGUACAUGGACAAACUGAAAAGCUGCUCAACUUUUGUGCAAAUAACUAUCUGGGACUGUCAGUGAGUUGUACCUAAGAUUUGCACAGAUUGUUGAUGAAAAAACAGGGUUCUGGAUGUCUCUUGGAAUUAAUUGUUGAACUGUCCAUAUGAACUUGGUGACAUAUAAAGUUCUGGGGUUAAAAAGCUUUGUUUUUGCAAGUCCAACUUGAUUCUGUUACUGUAACAAAACUUUUUAUACCCAGGGAUUGCCUUCCCCUCUUACUUUUAGUGUUCAGGAUGAUCCAAUGUUACUGUCACCAAAAUAGGUAGUCUCCAAUCUGUUGGAUAUAAUGCAAUGCUCCCCUGAAGUCCAAACAUUGAUUUUGAUGAAAAAAGUAGGAGGGACUUUUUCAGUACUCCUAUCAGUUCACAAAUAUCCAGGAUAAACUUAUUUUUUUUGUGUAAGUGAAAUAAAGGGAUGAACCCUGGUAAGAGAAAAAUUGACUAGAUUUUAUAGAGAGGAACAUUGUUUUGUACUGUUUAUGCAUAAAUUUCUUGUGGCUACAGAAUCUUGCACAAUUUAAUUUUUAUUUAUACCUCCUUUUUCUAGUCUCAUCCAGAAGUUAUACAAGCAGCUAAAGAUGCCUUAGACAAGUAUGGCAAUGGACUCAGUUCAGUCAGGUUUAUAUGUGGUACACAGGUGAACAAAUGAUUAACUAAACAUAUAAAUGCAGUAUUUAUAAUGGUAAUAGGACUGAGUGGAGUCCAGUUUGGUCUGUAAUCAUACAAGUGAUUUACAAGAUCAGAUGACUGCAUCGCAGGAGUCUGAUUUGUUUAAAAUAAAUAUAAUUACAGACAGAAUUGGAUGACAUAAAGUCCUGUUACUAAUUAAUCAAACUAUGACAAAAUUUGAGAAAGAAACUAGACAUUGGUUAAACUUUUUCACAAAAUUAACAAAAAAAACAGUUAACUGGAGGAAAUGAGAGAAAACAGCUUGUGCACAUGACAUGUUCUGUCCACUUACACAGGCAUGAUGUGUUAACUGUCUCUUUAACUGUCCUAUUACACCGUUCAAUUACAAGAGUGACAUGUACACUGUCCUGUUAGUGCUCAAAUCAGGCUGGUGAUAACCAAUCACGUUCAAGAAUUUUGUUAUAGUUUUGAUAAGUAAUUUAAUUGUUAUGUCAAUUUGAUAAAGGAACUUGAAGCAAGAAGUCUUAAUAUUGAUAUGUUUUAAAUAUGGAAACAAUUGAACUUCAAAUUGACUGAAUUGUAAGUGACAGAGUCAAAAGCCACCCUGAAAGAUUGAAAUGUUAUGAUCACAAAAAUCCCUUAGUAUAUUAAUCUACAGUAGAUGUUUUGAAAUUCAACAAGAACAGAAUGGCUGGGUCUGCUGUAACAUUGAGGCUCCAUAGAACAAAUCUCAUAAACUCUUGAGGUUAUUUCACAGGGUGUUAAUAUGGGGAGGUCUGUUAUUUAAUGUUUACUUUUAGAAUAUUGAGAGAAACCUAUAAUUCGAUUUCAACCAUAGGGAGGCUGGGUCAGAGGAGUGAUAGGGUGUGGGAGGGGUCAGGGGUGAGAGGGUCAUGAGAGGUGAGAGGGAAUGGUAGAAGAAAGAGUAUCUAUGAAAGUGGAAGGAGAAGGAAAAUGCAUGAAAGCAAAAAUUUAUUAAUCUGCAGUGUAUCACUGGAAAUUAAAGACUUAAGAGAGGAGUCAAAGGUUUAGGAAAUGGAAUAUGAGGGUGCAGGAAGUCUGAGACUUUCACCAUAUCUGUACCCCUCUCACUCAAGGUUUUGACUGCUUAUAAAUCCCCAUUAGUGUUUUCAAUUGGUUGUGAGCUUUUUUUAAAACUGUGAUGAUGGGUUUGACCCUCAUUGCAUUAUUAAAUUUAAUACCAUAAUUCUUAUAUAAAGACCAACUUUGGUUUUGGGUACAGGAUCUUCAUAAAGAACUUGAGGAAAAGAUAUCAAGAUUCCAUGAACGGGAAGAUACAAUUCUAUAUGCUUGUUGUUUUGAUGCAAAUGCUGGCUUAUUUGAGGCUCUUAUGACUCCAGAUGAUGCAAUAUUAAGUGAUGAAUUGAAUCAUGCAUCUAUCAUUGAUGGAAUACGACUAUCCAAGGCCAAGAAAUUCAGAUACAAAAAUAAAGACAUGAAAGGUGAGAUUUGGUGUGAUUUGUCUGAUUAUGGAAUUGAAUAAAAAUAUGUUUUUAUGCGUGGUUUUGUUUUUUAUAAGGUAUUCCUAGUUGUAUUAAUUCUGUUAUUAUUUAGAUUAUUUGUAAAUUUUGCUUGUAAAAGUUUUUGUAAAUUUUAUUCACUGCAAGAAAAUACAAUUCCAUACAUUUACUUUUGUUGUUCUUCUUCUUAUAUUUCUAUAUUUUAUAAUUUCUUAUCCUAGCAGGUACUUAAAUUUCAUGUCUAUCAGGUAUUUGUAUUUAUUAAUUAAUUCCUGUAACACUAUUACUCAUAUAGUACUAAUGAUUUGUAAAUUCCUUGUCAGACCUUGAAGAAAAGCUGAAUGAGGCAGAGGGAGCACGUAUGAAGUUAAUAGUUACUGAUGGUGUUUUCAGUAUGGAUGGAAAAGUUGCACCUCUUAAGUAUGUAUGGUCAAUGAAUAUAAAUUUACUUUGAUUGGAUGAUUAAUUUUGACUCCUGUAUAGAGAUGUCUUUGAAACUAAAUUUAAAAUAACUGCAACCAAAUGUGAGCUAUUCUUCAUGACCAUAUAUUGUUAGAACUAACUAGACAUGAAAUCUCUUCAAUCUGUUUUUUAUAUACUUAUAUAUUAUUUUUGGACCUCUUGCAGUAAUUUUUCUUGUUGAAACAAAACAUUCAUACUCCAAGUUCUGCAAAAAUUGAAAAUUCGAUUUACACUGGGCCAUCUUCAAAAUUAUCCACAGGCAUCAUUCAAUGUUCACUUACAAAAAUUACAUUGGGUUUUCUUUUAAUAGUGAACUGUGUGACUUAGCAGAAAAGUAUGGUGCACUUACAUUUAAUUUUGACUCCUGUAUAGAGAUGUCUUUGAAACUAAAUUUAAAAUAACUGCAACCAAAUGUGAGCUAUUCUUCAUGACCAUAUAUUGUUAGAACUAACUAGACAUGAAAUCUCUUCAAUCUGUUUUUUAUAUACUUAUAUAUUAUUUUUGGACCUCUUGCAGUAAUUUUUCUUGUUGAAACAAAACAUUCAUACUCCAAGUUCUGCAAAAAUUGAAAAUUCGAUUUACACUGGGCCAUCUUCAAAAUUAUCCACAGGCAUCAUUCAAUGUUCACUUACAAAAAUUACAUUGGGUUUUCUUUUAAUAGUGAACUGUGUGACUUAGCAGAAAAGUAUGGUGCACUUACAUUCAUUGAUGAGUGUCAUGCUACAGGAUUCCUUGGAGACACAGGGAGGUAAAAGUGUUACUUUCAAUAUUAUUUAACCUUAAAGUUUAAUUAAUUUGGAAAAAAAUUGGGUUUUUCAGCAAUUUCUUAACCCUUUAACCCCUAAGAGUGACUAGCAUCUAAGUUCUCCUUACAGUAUCUCCCCUGAAUCACACAUUAGGGUCAUGAGAAUGAUGGAAAUGAUCAACAACUACAGAAGCUCUGGAUUGUUAAGCUAAUUCUCCUUGUCAGCAGCUCAGGAAAUGUAUAGAGAACAGUAUGGAGAAUUUGCAUACUGAUGUUAGGGUGCAAAGGGUUAAAUUGUAGCUCACCUGUAGGGAUCAUUUCUUCUCUUGAGAACUGCUUAUGUUGUCUUCAGAUUGAUUUACUACUCUUUGCUUUUGCAUUUUCUGAAUAUUUGUCCUGAUUCAUCCAUAGAUAAUAAGUUCUAGUUCACUUCUCAUUGUAAUUUUUAUGUUGCUGGAUCUUAAUUUUCUAGGGGAACAGAGGAAUAUCUAAACUGUAUGGGCCGUGUGGAUAUCAUUAACUCAACUCUUGGGAAAGCUUUGGGUGGAGGAGCAGGUGUGUAUUUUGAGUUUUCAUUCUCAGUUGAAUGUAGUACCUGGCUGCCUACUUUGGGAUUAAAGACUGCUUAAUUUGUUUUCCCCCAAAUGCCCUAUUUUGCAUUUCUUCUUCAUUUGUUGCUUGUGCCUUUUAAGCUUUGGAAGAUGGUUUCUUCAAAGCACAUUGGGAAUCCUGUUGCUAUAUAUGACUUCCAUAUUAAGGCAAACAGGCCAGUGAUAUCAGUCAUGGAAAUGAGUGAGAGGGAUCAUGCAACCAUGCAAGAUGUUUAGAGCUGUUUUUGAUUGCCUGUUGAGAUUUAUCCAAGAUUGCAUUGAGUUCUUCACUCAUCUUCUUUGACUAGUCAAGGAAAUUCCCACCAAUUAAUCAGAUGAAAAAUCAUUCACACCAUAGUCAGUUGCAUUUUACCCUGCUCCAGGCCCCAGAUGUUGAUAGAGUGAAUAACCGUAUAUCCAUUGGAUAAAUCUCUAUCCAUGCAGUGCAUACUUGUAUGUUGGAUAAUGGUUUAUCUGUUGAAUAGCACAAUCCACCCUUUACAGGAUAAGUGCAUCAUCAGGACUCAGUGCACAAGAUUUGCUUACUUUUACAUGUCCAGAUGAAGGGUAUUUAAAUAAAAAAUUAUUAUUUACAUUCUAUUUAAUUUUAAGGUGGCUAUACAACAGGACCAAAACAACUAAUUGAUUUGCUUCGUCAGAAGUCCCGUCCUUAUCUGUUCUCCAACACUCUGCCCCCUCCAGUUGUGGGUGGGGCCAGUAAGGUGAGCUUUCACCCCCCCCCCUUUUUUUCUUUUUCUGUGAUUGAAUUUGUUUUCCUUAAGAACUCAUUAGCAUGUGGUGCAGUCCCUCCCUGUCUUUUAGUGGUAUAAGUGUUAUCAGUGAUACCAUGUUUCAUUGCUGUAAGUCUCAUAAUAUUUUUGUGUUUGUAAAUUUUCGAAAUUGUGUAUAAUUAUAUUAUUAAAAGUUGUGGUGUAAAUUAAGUGGAAGUUUUAUAUUGUUGAAACACCAAGGGCUACUGUAUGACAGACCAACACAAUUCCUAUUGACAUUUUAAAGUAAAUUAUGAUAUAUCACUGAGUAGUAAAUAAAUACUGUUUCCAGGUGUUUGAUCUGUUAAUGAAUGGAUCUGACUUGAUCAAAAAAGUGUCUGAAAACACUAAGUUAUUCCGAAAGAAAAUGACAGCAGCGGGGUUUCACAUAAUUGUAAGUAUGCUCUUCAUCAGUUGGUAUGUGCUUGAUUCUAGUACAUUAACUUUGAUUUCCUUUAGAUACAUAUUUGGCUGGAGAGAUUUUGACUUCUAAUCUGGGUAGUUCAGAGUAAAAACAGACUCUCUUUGUUUACAAAUUUGCGCAUUUCCAGGCCAGCUGUUUACACCCUAAGAUCAGUUUGCAUAUUCUCCAUACUGUUCUUUGUACACUUCCCAAGGUGCUGACAAGGAGAAUUUUUUGGGUUAAUAAGUUUCCAGAGUGUAAUUUGUGGUUAUAAUUAAGCCCCUUUAUUUUCAGGAAUGAUCAUUGUCAAAAUUCUCCACAGAAUCAUAUGCUGUUAAGCAGACAGACGGUCAUUACCAGUAAAUAUAGACAAAAUGUAAUAACUAGUUUUCUCCUUCUCAUGAUGUUUUAUCUAUCUGUCAUAGGGGGAUGGUCAUCCAAUAACUCCUGUCAUGUUGGGAGAUGCACGGCUGGCUGUAGAGUUUGCUGAUGAAAUGUUAGGUGUGUAUUUUUUGUCUCCACAGAUGGCCUAACCUAAUGUUCCAUCUGUUGCAGGUGUUAAUUAUUGGUAAAUUAAAAUAUUGAUAAAAUGAAUAACCUGGAUUAAACCUACUGUUUGUUUUUUUAUUUUUAUAGAUCGUGGUAUCUAUGUGAUAGGUUUUACAUUUCCUGUUGUUCCCAAAGGUAAGGCAGCCUGAAGUUGAAUGUUGCAAAAUUCUCUACCUCACUGUCCAAUAGGACUGUCGUUCCUGACAAAAUUAGUGUUGUAAUCUCACCUGAAUUAAUAAUCAUCUAUCAAAUGUUUUUUAUUUUUAAUUUAUUAAAUAGUUUGCUUUAAGCUACCAUUAAGUGCAAAGUUUGAACCAAAUUAUUAAUAUUAUCAUUUGAGUUAGCCUGCACAGUAUAUGGAAGCUGGAGUGGACCGCCACUUAUUCAGUGGACUGAGAACUGAGUGGGGUGUGGAUGGUGUCCAAUAAUUAUUUCCUUUCCAUGAUUUUCCUUUGCCUGAAGGACCAAAACAAUUUGAUCUUAGCCUGUUCUGAAUCAUGGUCCAGGAUGGGGGCAAAAUAAAAAGUUAAAACAAGAGGCAGAAGAAGGAUUUUCUUGGGUCAAAACUCCACAGGAACUGUCUCCUUACUUGCUUGUCCUCAUGGGCUCACUUCAUGUAUUUAAAACAACACAAAAAAUGACUUUGGUCAAGCUGGUUUUAACUUUUAUUGGUUAUAAAUAACAUUUUUGUUCCACAUUUUUAUUAUACCUAGGUCAAGCAAGGAUUCGGGUUCAGAUCUCUGCUGCGCACAGCACAGAGGAGAUUGAUCGCUGUGUUGAAGCUUUUAUUGAUGUUGGAAAAAAGAAAGGUGUAAUUUAA